UCAAGUCGAUUUCAAGUUCGAUUCGGGCGAAGCCGAUCCGGUCUGCCAGAAAGAUGCAUAUAUAAAGACAAGUAGGGAGAUGAGGAAUAUAGCUAGCAGUACUAGUGACAUAUUGACCCUACCAACUCCUCAAACAACAUCUCUGUAAGAUGCCUAUCGCCGUCAACGACAACGUAGACAAAGACACCCUGGGCAGACCUUUCUCUCUCGCCAAGAGCACUCGAGAGCGUUUGGUUCAAGCCGGUAUUGACCUUUCCAAGGGUUACCCAGAGUACCCAAUCAGGCCCAAGACUAUCGAACUCGCCAGUGACAUUCGCAAGGAAGGAUGGGAGCACAAGGACCCCGGAGCCAGGGCUGACAAGGAAAAGAAAGCAUUGUUUGGCGCCGCCAAAGAAGUUAUCCACUUGUCCCCUCACCUUGGUACCGAGAUAGUCGGUCUUCAACUUAACCAGCUUAGUGACCAGCAGAAAGAUGAGCUUGCGCUCCUGAUUGCUGAGCGCACUGUGGUAUUCUUCCGAGACCAAGACCUCACUCCUCAGACCCAACUCGAGCUCGGCAAAUACUUUGGUACUCCCGAGAUUCAUCCAUCAGCCGCCCGAGUUCCUGGGCUUCCUGGAGUCUCAAUCAUCACAGACGAAGUCCUCAGGUCCACCGGUCGUGUCCCCGACUACAAAAACCCCUUUGCCACCCAAAAGUGGCACACCGAUUUGACUCACGAACCUCAACCCCCUGGAGUCACUCACCUUCAUCUUGACCAUCUCCCCGGAGUUGGCGGUGACACUCUCUGGUCUUCGGGCUAUGCUGCGUAUGACAAGCUUUCUCCUGCUUUCCAGAAAGUCCUCGAUGGUCUUGAGGGCUUGUAUCGAUCUGCUCACAGCUACCCCAAUCCGGUGACUGGCGAGCUUGAGCCCAUCAUCAAUGCUCAUCCUAUCGUUCGCGUCCACCCGGCGACUGGAUGGAAGGCUCUUUUCGUCAACUCUCGAUACACUAUUGGUAUUAAGGGCUUCGAGCAGUCGGAAGCCCAAGCUAUUUUGCAGAAGCUUUUCCAAGUGUAUGAGCAAAACCCAGAUACCCAAGUCAGGUUCCGAUGGACUCCUCGAUCCAGUGCUUUGUGGGACAACCGAGUUUCCAUCCACUCCGCUGUUUAUGACUACCUCGACGAGGGGUCCGCCGAGCCCCGACACGGGACACGAGUUUCGAGUUUGGCUGAGAAGCCCAUUCCCGUAAGCGAAGGAGUUGGUAAAAGCCGAAGAGAAGCCUUGGGUCUCAACACUGGUGUCGUGCACGAAUUGCCUAUUGAUACUCACGCGUACUAAACUAUGAUGAAUGAUUAGUCUACACCAAAAAUGUGCACAACCGUAGCAGUUGUAUGAUUUGAAGUAGUUAGUGG